GCAUGUCAGAAAAAAAUGGAUAAUACAAUAAUCAUAUAUUACAAUUCUUUUAUUACAGAUGCAUAUGAGAAAGGACUUUACCUCUUACACACAUUUAAUGUCAGUCAGAAUGUCUUGGAUAUCAGGAUUGCCCAUCAAGGAUAUUUUGACCCAAAUAACUUAAAGUUUGGUGAAGUAAAAGUCUUAGGGGCCCAAUUCAACUCCUCUCAAAGUGUGGUUGUACUUCAGAAUGAUGCAGUCAUUCCAUCUCCUCACAAAGUGAUAUAUAGCUCUACAAAACAGGUAUUGCAUAUUACAGAUCUUCACCUUUUCCUGGGCCAAGCUUAUACACUUCGAUGGAACUAAGAUCUCUUAUACAACACAGAGAAACACUUUUGACAUCUGUAUUUAUCACAAGUUUUAUCAUUCUUAAAGAUGAUUAAGAGUUCAACUUUUUAUGCUUUCAGAAUACAACUAUUCUGGAAAACAGUGAUCACCAUAGAUUGACUCAAUUACUGAGUAGAUUUGACUUUACAUGUUUCAAUAAUCAAAGAGCAGAAGUCCAGACUUCAUUCAGGAUUCACCCAUAGUGUAACUUGUUCAACCCAGUGCUAAGAAAAUUUUGAUAAACUUCACCUCAGUGUCAACUUUAAUAAUUGCAUAAGCGGUUCAUUGUAAUUUCAGUUCAGCACUUUAAAAUGUGUGAAAAUCCUUGUGAGUUUUAAAUGAUUUUCUCACUGAAGACUCUAAUAAUAGGUAAUUUCUGAAUAGAAAAAAAAGGGUUUUCUGGAUGGAAAACCAAUUUAUGUUCCAUAUCUGUUAAUUGUGCAUUAGAAUUGCCAGUCUUUGCACUGGGUAUAACUUGGAAUAUUUGCUGUUCAUAAGGUCUUGUAAAUGACUGCUAUUGGAUUAUAUUAUUGUAAUUUCAAUAAAAGUCAAUAUUGGAACCAGA